AUUCUUCUGUUCCUACAUAUACUGUCUUCAGUCCGAUCAAUUCACACUUUGCUUCAGGUCGUAACAGAGUGAAGCCGGUUACUUCUUCUUCUUGUGCAAACAUUUCAUUACAUUUUUUGUGCUAAAACUAUAGUUACAAUGCUUCGGAAUACGGUAGCAUUAAUAACCGGUGGAGCUUCUGGUCUUGGUCGUGGAACCGUACAAAGAUUCGUCAAAGAAGGUGCAAAAGUUGUAAUUGCGGAUCUUCCUAGCUCGAAAGGACAAGAGCUUGCGGAUCAUUACAAAGACGAUGCUGUGUUUGUACCAACUGAUAUCACCUCAGAAGAAGAUGUAUUAGCAGCUGUGAAAAUGGCUAAGCAUAAGUUUGGUAGGUUAACUGCAGUAGUAAAUGCAGCAGGAAUAGGAUACGCUCAUAAGACUUAUGACUUUAAUAAGAAUCAACCGCAUCAGUUAAAAGAAUUUGAAAAAGUAUUGAAAGUAAAUACUAUCGGAACUUUUAACGUAAUCAGAAUAUCCGUUGGUCUUAUCGGUGAAAAUAAACCUAACGAGGAUGGAGCACGUGGAGUUAUAAUCAAUACAGCAAGCGUGGCGGCGUACGAUGGACAAAUGGGACAAGCAGCGUAUUCUGCCAGUAAAGGUGCUGUCGUUGGAAUGACUUUACCGAUCUCUCGUGAUUUAUCCAAACAUGGUAUACGCGUUGUCACUAUUGCACCUGGAUUAUUCGAUACUCCGUUAUUUGGAUCCUUACCAGAUAAAGUACGCGACUCUUUGUGCAAAAUGAUACCUCAUCCGCAAAGAUUAGGUAAACCUGAUGAAUACGCACAACUGGCGCAACAUAUCAUCGAAAAUCCACUUUUAAAUGGAAAUACGAUAAGAUUGGAUGGUGCUCUUAGAAUGUCCUAACCUAAGAAUUCUGAUGUUUCUGUAUAUUCCAACGGAUGAAGGGUGCACGUGGGUUUAAGCUACUAAAAUAAAUCUCUUUAUAAUGGUAUAUAUGAUAUAAAUCUGUGAAUAAAAAAAAUAAAUACUAUUUUUAUUUUUA